UAGUCGAAUAGUCGCUCAUUUUUGUCUGUCCUAAUUUUUCCUCGUAAAAUCUCUUCUUCCCCGAAACCCUCCACCCCGAAACCCUCCAAAAUCUCUCCUUCUUUGUUUCUCAAUCAGAGAGAUAUGGAAGCUCAAGGGUUUAUGAGACCUCCACUUCCUCUUCCUUCAUCCACACCACCUCCACCGCCUAACAUGACAGAUCCCCAACCACAACUACAACACCAUCAUCAACAGCAACCACCACCGCAAGGUAAUUGGUUCUCGGGGCAGUUCCAGUAUCACGCUUCUCAACCUCCUCCACAACCACCACCACCACCACAGCAUCAGCAGUGGGUUCCUCCCCCUUCUAAUUCUUACCCUCCUCUUCCCCCUCCACCGCAACCACUACAACAACCUAAUAACAAUAACAACGUUUAUCCUUAUCACCAUCCUUUACAUCCACAACAACAACCUCACCAUCACUACCUCCCACCUCCUCCUCCAUCUCAUCAUCAGCAUCCCUAUUCUCAUCCUCCUCCCCCAGCUUACUCUCAACAGACACGGGAGAAUCCAAAUCGAGUACACCAGCAGAGUUGGCAACAUCCAGAUGGAAGCAAUGUGGAAGAUUGGGCAGCACGGGCUAAAGAGUGGGCAGCAGCUAAGACACUGACAGUGGAUAAUCAACAUAUGCAACAUCAGUUUGCACCUAUCGGUAGACCGGAGGAGCAUAGUCAUGUUUAUCAUGACCAGCUUCACCAAACUGGUGAUGCUCGUUAUGCAGAUCCUCAGCAGCCACAACAUACUCUGUCGAGCCACCAACACUAUCCUGUCUCUUCCACAAAUUUUAACAGGCCACCGGUGAAUCAUUUGCAAGAGUCAACGUUCAACUCUGGUGUCUCUUCUUCAUAUGUUUCAGAUGGACAUUCGGCGUACAUAGCUAGAGAUGGAGCUCCGGGUGGAGAUCAGAAUCAUGUAUAUCCUCAAGGAAGUGCUUCGGGCAACUCAUCCAUGUAUCAGCAGGAGGUACCUUCUAGUUAUUCUUCUGUUCCAGCAGGUGCUGAGGGGGAUGGAGAGCGGAAUGAGCAGUUGCGCAGAUCAUCUAAUUUACAGAUGCAGGAGGGCCCACACUACAUGCAACAAAAUUUUGGUGCCGCUGGUAGAUCUGCUUCUCUGGAACAGCCUCAUUUCGCUUAUGGUGAUCUACCUGCUGAACCCGUUGCUACAUGCGACCGACCCUUAGAGUUUACACCAACUUUUAGUCGUGAGCAUGAUCCUCAUCCACAGCCAAGCUACGCUCAUCUUGAUCCCAUUCCUUCAGUCGUAUGCGGGGUAGUCUAUCCCCCAGUUCCAUCAGGGGUACAGUUUGAUCCUUCAUUUGGACCUACUGGUCCUGGGCAUACUGCAUCAAUGUUUGGCCAGAUUACUGGGUCAAACUUCCGUCCUGCUAUUUCAGGUGUCAGUACACAAUACGGUCUAGGUACAGGAAUUUCAGUUCAUCCUACAACUCCAUUUAUUGGAGAUGCAAAUGGUGGUUCUACUGUUUCGGACCGCCCGAAAAAGGCAUCAGUGCCAAAUUGGCUUAGAGAGGAAAUAAUUAAGAAGAAAGCUUCCAUGGUAGGUUCUUAUCAAGAUCAUCCCGAAGGAGAUUCAACCAAUCCCAUUGAAGAAGAGACUAUUAGCAAUUCAUUAAUAAACGGUGACCAGGCAGACAAUAAAAGCAUUAGCUCCUCUAGGCUGUCUGAUGAUGAGGACGACGAUGAGGAUGAUAUGAAAGCAGCAAAGACUGCGGCUCACAACCGGGAAAUUAAGCGCGUUCUUACUGAAAUUCUAUUGAAGGUCACUGAUGAAUUGUUUGAUGAAAUCGCCACAAAAGUUAUUGAUGAAGAAGAUGUUACAGUUGAAGCUAACCGCAGCAUUAACUUGCAAAAACAACUGUCCUCUCCUCCUUUCAAAACAACUAAGGCUUUAGCCAAGGUUCUUAUUCCAGUCAAAGGCAAGCAAACUGAGACAACUGAUGAUAGUGAAAAAUCUAGUUCUGGUGCUGCUGGAGAUAUAUUGGGUCUCGGAAGUUAUGUAUCUGAUGAGGAUGAUGAGGAUGAGGUAACCGUAAGUUCCAUUCAGCAAACUACUAAGCCAAUACAGCCGUGCAAGCUUUCAGAUAUAAGAUCUGAGGUGGUUGAGAAUGAUGGAUUGCGAGCAGAGCCGGAUGGACCCAGUGAAGAUCAAAUACACAAGGAGAGUGAGCACAAAAGAACCAGCUCAAGUAGGGCUCCAGUUCGAAGUGAAAGGGAUAACGCAGCUACUGAUAAGGACCAAGACAAGAUAUCAAACCAUGAGACUAGUAGCCUCCAAUCAACUCUUAACGGGUCCCCUGGAAUUCAGGAAGACAAGAGUAAUUUUGAUGGUGGAAAGAUGCCAGGUGCCAAGGUUGGUAUUGAGUCAAAAGUGGCCAUUGAGGAAAAUGACAGCGAAGAAUCUGAAUUGCCGCACGGGAUUGUAAGACAGACAACCAUGGAAGGAAGAUCAUCUAGAAGCAGCACAGGCCACAAAGAUGACAAGGAAAAGAAGAGGAAUUCUGGGGAUAAAUUUUCCAUUAGAAAGGCAGAAAAUGCUAAGACUAACGCGAACGUUAAACAUUCUAAUUCCAGGAGGCAGGAUCAGAGACAUGUUAGAAAGGAGAAGACAGAUGGAAGGGAUAGGGAUGUCUCGAAAGAAAGAGCGAGGGACCGAGGCACUAAAACUGGAGAGAAGGCAAAGGAAGAUUCAAGAAGAGAUUGCAAUAGUAAGGAUGAGACAAGAGAGACUGAGAAACUUAAGAAGACUAGUACGAAAGAAGAUAGUUACAGGAAAAGAGAACGGGACAAAGAUGAGAAGCAAGAUAAAGAUGAGAGGGAAGAUAGGUCAAGGCAUUCCAGACAUAGGUCAGGGAGGCACAAGAGGCCUCGAUCGUCGUCUAUUAGCGGUAGGGGUAGAGAUAGUAAAGACAACUCUGUCGGUAGUCAUGCAGAUGAAUCAAGCGACGAAGCUUCUGAGGAUUCAAGAAAAAGAAAGCCACGUUCAAAGAGACGCAGCACAUCACCAUCGCCUACUAGGUCCAGAAGAAGACAAGUUUCGCGUUCUCCUCGUAGCAAGCAUUCUCAUCGCAGGCAUUCUCCCCACUCUUCUCUCGAGAGCUCAAGGAAAAGAAGGUCGAGGUCCAAUUCACCUGUUCACCAUAGGCGAAAAUGAUGUGUACUGCUGUGGUGAAGGAGAGAUGACCAACUUUAAUGAAGUGCCAAAACUUACUCACCAUCUGCUGGAAUUCGGUGUUUGUUUGGCGCAACGGCUAUUUUCAAUGGAAAUUGAAGCAGACACAGGCAGGAAAUACCUCCAUUAUGCUGUAGCUUUUGAUGCUCUUGCUUUUAAGUUGUGUGGCACACCAGUUGGAAGAUCAAAAUCAAUGAGAAAAGAAAAAGAAUGGGAUGUAUGAACAGCUAAGUUGGGAAGAAUAGCGAUGUUAGCUUCUUGUUGCGACAAUGAUAUAAACACUCUUGUUGGUUCCUUAUAAAAAAUAAAUAAACAUUGUCGGUUCUAAAUGAGUUCUGUAGUACUAUCGUCAAAAUUCAAAAACCCAUUGGAUGGUUUAAAGUUUAAA